AGCCUCUCUCGGCGGGGCCAGCAGCACCGGGCGGGCGCCUAGGCCGGGGCGGCGGCGACGAGGGGCUCCGGCUGCGCUCUGAGCGGAGAAGGCGAGGGCGGGAGAAGCGGCCAUGGCGGCCUCGUCGGGCUCUUCGGCGCCCGGCCCCGUGUGGUGCUGCCUGCGCUGGGCCUGCUGCGGAGACGCCGGCGGCGGACAUAUCGCCCUCAAGGAGAUGCCGCUGGUGCAGCUGGACACGCACAGGAUGGGAACAGAUGUUGUCAUUGUCAAAAAUGGACGACGAGUAUGUGGUACAGGAGGCUGCCUAGCCAAUGCUCCUUUGCAUCAGAACAAGAGCUAUUUUGAGUUUAAAAUCCAGUCUACAGGAAUCUGGGGUAUUGGUGUUGCGACUCAGAAAGUCAAUUUGAAUCAAAUUCCUCUUGGGUGUGAUGUGAAUAGUCUAGUACUGAGAAAUGACGGAGCUCUGUACUACAAUAAUGAUGAGAAGAACAGGUUGCCAGCAAACAACCUUCCACAAGAGGGUGAUAUUGUGGGAAUUACAUAUGACCAUGUAGAACUAAAUGUGUAUUUGAAUGGGAAAAAUAUGCACUGUCCAGCCUCAGGAAUUAGAGGAACUGUCUUCCCUGUGGUAUAUGUGGAUGACAGUGCCAUUUUGGAUUGUCAAUUCAGUGAAUUUUAUCACACUCCUCCAGCAGGGUUUGAAAAGAUACUCUUUGAGCAACAGAUUUUCUGAAUGUCCCUACUAAGGAUUUACUCCCUAGCACUUUCUACAAAACCUAUUCUUUUAAAGCUUCUCAUUAUUCCUAAGACACAAACUUGUAUUUAGUAAUGUUUAGGUGCUUGGGCUGGACAACCAUAUUACCAGAGAAGUAUGUUGCAAGUGUUAGAUUUGACUAUGGUUUUGUAACAUGGACAAUAUUUCCAUUUGAUGUAAAGGGAUGCAGUCCACUACACCUGAUCCCUGUAUGCCCAUGAUGACACUGUUCAAUACAUUAGUGUUAUAUGCUGUUACAUUCUUAACAAGUCUGAGAAACCACACAACAAUUUAUGGAUUAAAAGUAUUGUCCACAGCAAGUGUUUCAUCUUUUUUCUAGCAAGAGAUUUUAAUAAAAGUGUUCUUGUGUUAAAUUAGGGCAAAAUGCCGACUAUAAUAAGCGAAGCCAACCUCUCAUUUAAAGUCUGCUUACUGGAACAAGCAACUGUGGUGAAUAAAUUUUUUGAUGUUGCAAUAAAGCGUUUCUUUUGAACUCUUAA